GCCGCCGGCGCCUCCCAGUGCGCCUGCGCGGCCGUUUCCCGCCCCUCCGCCAACGGCCGGGUGGUUGGAGAGAGAGCGAGGGAGACAGUGCGCAGGCGCGGAGGAGCGGGCGGGAAAAGCCACCCCUACCCUGACAUAGGCGGCAGCCGCCAUCGACCAGAGGACGUGUCCGUGUCGGAGCGAGCCAUGAUGUUUUGCAGUGGCGUUGGAUCAGAGUAAUGUAAAUUUCUGAAGAUUUUUGCUGAUUUGAAAUAUUGCGCACGUGGUUUCAUUUCCUGGACGAUACAUAUCUGCGUUUCAGAUUUGAAUCUCAGGCAACACUUGCAAAGAAGAUGGCAGAAGCCAGACUGACAUUUUAUAACUUGACAACAGAACUCCUCAAUGGUGAAAUCUUCAAUUUCUCCGAUCUCAAAGGAAAGGUGGUGUUAAUUGAAAAUGUUGCAUCCCUAUGAGGGACAACUACCAGGGAUUACCAGCAGAUGAAUGAGCUCCAGAGCCGCUAUGGCAGCCAGGGGUUUGUUGUUCUGGGUUUUCCCUGCAAUCAGUUUGGCUACCAGGAAAAUAUCUACAAUGAGGAGAUUCUUAAUUCUUUGAAAUAUGUCCGUCCAGGCAAUGGCUUUGAGCCAAAUUUUUCUAUAUCUAAAAAGAUGGAGAUCAAUGGAGAAGAUGAAAAUUCAAUCUUUACUUUUCUGAAACAGAGGUUGCCUGAAGCCCAUGAUGAUCCUAAAACCUUAAUGGUGGACCCCAAGUUCAUAAUCUGGAGACCAGUCCAUCGAAGCGAUAUAGGCUGGAAUUUUGAGAAAUUCCUUAUUGGACGAGAUGGUGAGCCAUUCAGGCGAUACAGCAAGAAUUUCCUCACUAUUGAUGUUGAAGAAGACAUCAGAGCUCUUUUACAAAGUAAUGAAAGACCAUCUGAUAAAACCAUUGAAGUUGAAAUUGAAGUUGAGUAACGUUUACAGUAGUUUUCAAUGUUGAGCAUGUUAUGUUAUGCUUUGUAUAAAGAUUAGCCACAGGUAUGUAAAUGUAAAAUUCAAUAAUCACCACCUUUAUGGAUAGUUACAUUUACUGGAUUAUAGCGCUAAUCCAAUUGGUCUGUUUGCUCUGUUUAGAUUUUUUUUGUAAAUGUUAAAUGCAUAAAAAGUUUCCUCAGUGAGAUCCUGAUUUCUCUGCUAAAUGAGCCAAUCCAGUUUCAGAUGUUAGACAUUUUACUAUAUGAUGGUGCUUUUUCAAAGGUCUGCUGAAAAGUACUUAAUGUAGCCUGUAAAAGUCUAACUGGAUAUUGAAGGCAACUUGUAAAGGAGAAUCUUCCAUUAAAGAUGUUUUAAU